GUACAUCCGCUGACCCAGCGCUUCACGUCAGGUGGUUUUCCUGUUUGUUUGUUCAUUAACUUUGUUUGUCCAUUAACUUCGUCUAAAAAACGUCAAUGUGAUAGGUCUGAUUGUCAACAACAAAACGAGCAGCUUUAACAUGGAAUUCUUAAAGUCCUGGCUGGUAAUUUACAUCGUGUUGCUGCUAUCGGCGAUCGUCUCAAGCAGAGGGCAUGAUGCCCACGCUGUUUUAACCUAUACUAGAGAUCAGCUGCUGACGCUGCAGGACCAAGCCGGCAAAUUUGAACAUCUAAUUCCUAUGGACUGUACAGAAAUUCUGAAACAACACAAAGGGAGAUGGACUAUAAUAAGAAAGAACACAAAGGCAAAGAAACGAGGUUCGAGAGGAGGAGUACGUGCGAGACUGAGGAGACGCGGCUCCAGAUUUCCUCUACCUGUCAUUACACUCUCCAACGUGCGCUCCCUUAAUAAUAAGGUUGAGGAAUUAGCUGCUCGGGUAAACUUUGAAACAGAUUUCAAGCUAUGCAAUCUAAUUUGCCUAACAGAGACAUGGUUAAAACCUGAAACAGCAGUAUAUAUUGAUGGAUAUACAACAAUACGGGCAGAUAGAGAUGAGCUCCUGUCAAGGAAAUCAAUCGGCGGGGGAUUAUGCAUAUUUAUGGACAAUAAAUGGGCUACGCAGAUGCAUAUUCAGGAACAAGUCUGUACUCCGGAGUACGAAAUUCUGACUGUAUCGUUUCGGCCUUUCUAUCUCCCAAGGGAAUUUGGACAAAUCACAAUCAUCCUGACGUACGUACCUGGGACGAAACAUCAAGAGGCUGCAGGGCGGUGGAGUUUUCAUUCGCCAGAGCGCGGUCCGUAGAGCUGCAUCGUGAUGGGGGACGAGGUCCUCAUUCCGGUCCUGGCUUGCUCUGUUCUUGUGGGAUCAGGAUGAUGUUAGGCAUGCUACGUUGUACAUUGGGUCUAUGACACCAUGACAGCAGCAACUCCACAGCUACCUGUUUUGCACUCAGGCGAGUAAGCACAGGUCAGUUUCCAUUUGGUCAGUUUCCAUUUUUCAGAACCAAUCACACAAAUGCACAUCCUUUACUCUUCAUCAUCAUCUCAUUAUAUCAUCUCUGAAUUCUGGUUUUGUUUCAAUGCAUCUUGUAAAGGUUAA